GGGCAGAGGCCGUGUGAGCCGGCGGGGCUGCGCGGCAUGGCGGGCGGGGCUCGGGAGGUCCUCACGCUGCAGCUGGGACAUUUUGCGGGUUUCGUAGGAGCGCACUGGUGGAACCAGCAGGAUGCUGCGCUGGACCGAUCGGGCGACGCCAAGGAGCCGCCGGGAGAGCUGUGCCCCGACGUGCUGUUUCGGACCGGCCGGACCCUGCACGGCCAGGAAACCUACACGCCGCGGCUCAUCCUCAUGGACCUUAAGGGGAGUCUGAGCUCCCUGCGAGAGGAAGGUGGACCCUACAGGGACAGACAGCUGGAUGCAGCCAUAGCCUGGCAGGGCAAGCUCACCACACACAAAGAGGAACUCGACCCCCAGAACCCGUAUCUCCAGGAGCUCCUGAGCGCAGAGGGAGUGCUGAGCAGUGAUGGCGUCUGGAGGGUCAAGUCCACCCCAAAAGGCAAAGGUCCUCCAGUCACUACUGCUAAACCAGUUACCCCCCUGGAGGGCGGCGUGAGAGUCUGGUCAGAUUUCCUGCGCGUCCACCUGCACCCCCGGAGCAUCUGUACGAUCCACAAGUACAACCACGAAGGGGAGGCAGGGAGGCUGGAGGCUUUUGGCCAGGGGGAGAGUGUGCUGACGGAGCCCGGCUACCUGGAGAUGCUGGAGGACAGGCUGCACUUCUACGUAGAGGAGUGCGACUACCUGCAGGGCUUCCAGAUCCUGUGCGACCUGCACGACGGCUUCUCUGGGGUGGGCGCUAAAGCUGCGGAGCUGCUGCAAGACGAGUAUUCAGGCCGGGGAAUAAUAACGUGGGGCCUGCUCCCUGCUCCCUACAAUCUUGGGGAGCCCCAGAAAAACAUCUACCGCCUGUUAAACACAACCUUCGGCCUGGUGCACUUGGCUGCUCACAGCUCUCUUGUCUGCCCGUUGUCCCUGGGCGGGAGCCUGGGCCUCCGACCUGAGCACCCCGUCAGCUUCCCUCACCUGCGUUAUGAUGCCACUCUGCCCUUCCACUGCAGUGCCAUCCUGGCUACAGCCCUGGACACGCUCACUGCUCCCUAUCGCCUCCACUGUGCUCCGGUCUCCAUGGCUCACCUGGCCGACAUGCUGAGCUGCGCCGGGAAGAAGGUGGUGACAGCAGGAGCCUCCAUCCCCUUCCCCUUGGGCCCAGGCCAGUCCCUUCCUGAUACUCUGAUGCAGUUCGGAGGAGCCACCCCCUGGACCCCACUGUCUGCCUGUGGGGACCCUUGUGGAACACGCUGCUUCGCCCGGUCCGUGGUGCUGAGGGGCGUGGACAGAGCCUACCACACCAGCCAGCUCCCCCCAGGGACACCUCUGCCCUCCCCACUGCACGCGUGCACCACUGGGGAAGACGUCUUGGCGCAGUACUUGGAACUGCAGGAACCCAGGGCCCUGAGUUCCUCACACCUGCUGCGGAGCCCCUGCAGCGUGGCGCCUCCCUACCCGCACCUCUUCUCCAGCUGCAGCCAGCAGGCAGUGGACAGCAUCCCAGUGUUUGGGGCCCUGUGCUCCUCUUCAUCCCUGCACCGGACCCUGGCAGGCCUGGCCAGAGAGCUCACCAAGCUGGACCUGCGGCGCUGGGCCAGCUUCAUGGAUGCAGGGGUGGAGCUGGCUGACGUGGAGGAGCUGCUGCAGGAGCUGCACAGCCUGGCCCAGUGCUACCAGGAGGGUGAUGGCCUCUCGGACUAA